AUGUUCUCACAUUUAACCAAACUUGACUGUUGCUCUGGCUUGCGGACUUAUCAGGGCAUUGGACAAGCUAGGAUUUAUUCCUCUCUGGAGUCGGAGCAACUUUCUGUUCAUUCGUCCAGAGUUUCAAAACUACACAUCAGUGAUAUAAAUAUUCUUAGGAAUGUAUCUUGCCCUGUUUCACCCAUAGGAAGCCCUCUUCCACAUUCAAGGUCACCACAAUAUCUAAAUGGAAGAACGUCUCCUCCCAUAUCUACCCCCCGGACCACUUCAGGUUCAUCUACACCCUUGACAGGUGGCAGUGGUGCUAUACCUUUUGGUUAUCUGAAACAAUCAGCUUACUUUCAAGAGGGUUUUGGAAGCAUGCCAAAGCCCUCAAAUGGUCUUUAUGUUGGUGGCUCCUCCCACUACAAUAACAAUCCCGACAUUUUGAGGACUGCAAGCAGGUUCACACAUCUUUUCUGAACUGGUGCCAUCAGAAAAUGAUGUUUUAGGACUUGGAAUAUCAUUUCACGGGGAAUCUUAUGAUGGACAGUCUGUAUUAGCUGGUCGUGUUUCUCGACAGCUUCUGAAGGACCAUGCAGCGAUGAGUCCAUCCCUGGAUCUAAGUCCUAGCUCUCCAUUACCUAACCGGAGUGUUAUUAUCUAAUGCAACUAUGAAGAAUCAGAUCAGAAUUUCUCUUGGGUCUUACGGGAUCACAUUGUAUUCAUCACUUCAACUUCUAGGGCAGCAAAUCUUUCAAUAUGAAACCAGAACAGAAAUUUGAGGAAUAAGGUUGAAGUGCAAGUGAGGUGGCUGGUGACUUGUAGGUCAUUUUCCAAGGAUCAAGGUUUAGUCUCUAUGCUUUGUGAUUGAUAAAGCUAUGGAGAGAAAUCGGUUCGAGCUAGAUGUUCAAUAGACCAUUUUUUUCAGGUGAAACUAUUCCUGGAAACAAAGAAUACUGCUGCCAUAUAAGCGGUUAUAUAACACGAGGGAUGUGGCAUGAACUGUACAGAGUUAAGUGUGUAAAUCAACUAAUGCUUCACUGAACUGCGUUGGUGAAAAGUUCGCAGGCAGGCUUCUGAUCAUAAUUCAGGUGGAAGAACUAAGUUAUCCAAUCAUUUGCUUUCGGGACAAUUAUCUUUGGUCAAGCAUGUCACAUGUACAGAUAUCAAAGGAAUCGAACAAGAAUUCCGAGUUUUGCCAUGAAGAAAUAACUGGACUGCUGAGAAGUAGGUCAUGCUGUCAAGCUCCCUUCUGGGCAAAUCUCUAUCCAGCCAGCCGACCUGAGGAAACUUUUGCAUGCCUCCCUCGCCCCUGUGGUUGACUUCAAUUGCAAUUCUUCCUUACUGCUCUAGUGCUCAACAUGAUUCAUUGUACGUGCAUUACAACUAAAGUAAAAUGAAGAAAUCUAAUUCUAUGGUCCAGCAUAUCUUACCAUCCUUUGAAGUUACUAAAAGUAUCCAUAUCAAGGACAGGAAUUCUGCAUGACUUUCUCCAAAUUUGAGCCAGUUUUGUACAGUCACUUGAAUGCCUCUAGUGAAUUGUGGAGAUAGAUUGGAUCCUAAACAGGCCUGGCAGACGAAAUUGUAGAAAAAAAUUGAAAUAGAGAAAA